AUGAGUGACCAAAGAAAAAAACGAACGUCUGUUGUCUCCGCUCGUCAACAUUCCGCAAAAAGUGUAUCUUCAUCCAGUUCAACCAUCAGUCACUGUGAUGAUUCCUCCACUGUAACUGGAGAGGAAAGAAGUAACAAUUGCAAGGGAAAGUCUAAAAAGUCGCCGGCCAGUAGAGGAAGGCACAGUAAUUCAGAUAACAUCAAGAAGAUUGUGCAAGAAGAGGGAAGAAUUGCUCGCAAUUUGAUAACAUGGAGUGUUCCUUUACAGACAGAAAAAAACAAGUCCAAUGCACCAAAGUCGCCCUUACCUUCAUCUCCUGUUAGGAAGGUUGCAGCGGCAACAACAUCUGCAAUCAGCUCACAGACCAUGAAGUCAGUUACCAGCACGUGUGCAGUGAGUGGCAGUGUUCAAGCACAGACAACAAUGUCCUCAUCAUCUCACAGGGGGAGACCUCCACAGCAAAGACAAAACAUCCAACUUAGGCAUGCUCUUCAACAAUCAAAUAAACAUCUGCAACAGCGUCAUCAACAAAAACAACAACCUGCUAAUAAAAAAGACAUUCGUGCCAGGUAUUGGGCAUAUUUAUUUGAAAACUUGCAUAGAGCUGUUGAUGAGAUCUACCAAACUUGUGAAACUGAUGAAAGUGUUGUUGAGUGCAAGGAAGUCAUAAUGAUGCUGGAUCAGUACAAGAAAGAUUUUGACUCCCUAAUUGGAAGAUUACAUCUAAUGCAAGACUAUGAAAAUGCCGAUGAAUCAUCAAAACCAAAAAAUUUGGCCUGGGAAGUUAGGAAGCGAUCACCCAGUAAGUCGUUCCUUGGCUACCAUCAAAGAGAUGUUCUCAUUCCAUCAAGCAGGACUGCUCGUAGUUUAACGUUUGAUAAUUUAAACGUGCUGGCCAAUGAUAAAAACAGUGCCGGGUCUAAAAAUAUUCUCACAAAAUAUUCUCAAGGAAAGGAGAACAUGCAUUCCAGGACGUGGGCUGAUAAGGUGAAGAGUUCUGCAGCUGUUGUGGUAACAUCAACAGCAGCAGCAACAAUAUCAUCGGUUUCAUUACCAUCUUCACUUUCGUUGGGUAAUGUUUCAGCUGGCAUGAGUUGCUCAUCAGAUGGUUUUGUGAGCAGUGGUAGCCUUCUUAAUACAAGAAUUGAAGAAAAUGUUGUGCUGCAAAUUGGUGAUAACAACAACAGUCUUGCCAACGACAACUUUGACAUUAACAGUAAUAAUAACGUUGAAAAUGACAAUACGAAUGACUUCAAUACUCACAAUUCUACUGACAAUGUUGGCAACUGUAAUAAUGUUAAUAAAAGUUUCAUCAGCACCAUUAGCAUUGAUAUAUCCACUGAAAUUAAUACUGAUAUCACAAUCGACAGCUGCAACAAAAAUGUUAGCACGGAACGCAGCAGCAAUAAUUUUGAAAAUAUUGAUCCAUCGUCUAGCACACACUUACAACAACCAGUAGAUGCCUCCAUGUCGCUGCAGUCAUGUGAUCAGCAAGAUGGGUGGGAGAUGGUUUCUCAUAGAAAUUAUCGGCAAAAACAAAAAGUCCCAUCUUCACUUUCUCUUUCUGACGUCUGUUCUAGCAAAAUCAGCCACAAUUAUCAGCUGAAUCGACAGCAUAAACCACAGUAUCUACAAAGGCCGUUAGUGCUUGAUGCAUUGAUAAGUAAUAAGAACGUGGCUGUAGUUGAUUCAUUGAAUGAUAGUAGCAGCAAUAUUGAUGCUCUGUCUUGCUUCAAUAAUGAUAAAGUCGUUGUUUCAUCCAGCCUGUCAUCGCCUUAUAUUUCUAGUAGUUCCAUAUUUGACAAAGUUAUGCAUCAGUCUGGUUUACAGCUGCAUCAUCAACAGCAGCAGCAGCAGCAGAACUGCCAUCCGCAACAAUCUUACCUAGACCUAAAGGACAAAAGCUUAAUUACUGAGACCUCAAAUGUUUAUAACAUCAAUAAUUCUUUGUUAAAAGAUGUAAACAAUAACAAUUACAACAACAAUAGUCAUAGCAGCACUAAUAUUGACAAUAACAUCAACAGCACUGACAGUAAGAAUCUCAAUAAGAAUAUUUGUAGCAUCAACAAUACUGCUUUUCAAAGCAAACCAAAUGUUUUCCAUCCUUCAUACUCUCUAAAGGAAUCUUCAAAAAUUGAUGCCAGCUCCAUUGCUAACGAGAAUAGCAACAACAGUAUUUGUGAUAACAACCAUACCAAUGACUCAAAGGGCAACGAUGUUCAAUCACAUCAACUUAGUAGUGAAGACAUCAACUACGAUGACGUUAACGAUGCUGAUCAUGACAUCAAUGCUAAUUUGUUAACUGCUGCAGCUCUGGACUCGAAAUUAUUCAAUUCAAUAUAUGAGUCUGACAUUCCUGCAAACUCCUCCCCUGAGCUGAUGAUUGACGAGACUUCACAGGGCGCUUCACCUUCAUUGGAUGUUUCUGAUCCUAAGGAUUCUGAUGUUGAUGAAAUUAGCAAGGCUCUGAUGAAUGCAUUAAAGGAGGAAGAUAAUUUGGAGACGUUAAUGGAGAAAGAGAGAGAAGCAGCGUAUGUGAGCGCCAUGGAGCAGGAGAAAACUUACCUGAUGGAAAUCGCCAGAGAGGAAAAGGAAGAAGAAAACGAUCACCAUCGUCAUUCUGACAUCAUCGAUGGUGACGCCAUCAGUUAUAGUGGUGGUUGCUCUGAAGAUUAUGAUGAUGCUACUGAAAUGUCAGCCGGUAGAAAUGACGCUGAUGAAGGCUUGCAUGUGGUUUCUCAAAGAGAGGAUAAUGAUGAUCAAAAGGCAUGGGAUUGGGAGUACAUUUUGAGCCAAUAUGAAAAGGAAAGAAGCAGCAGGCAGCCGAACCAGUUGUGGGGUGAUAUAAUGGAAGAAGCAGAAGCUAGAACGCCCGGAAGAUUGGUGCACGUCUACGAAAAGCUCUCCUCACCAUCAAGAAAAAGAUCGGUAAUAGAAUCGAAACAGCAGCUGGAUGAGAAGCAGGCGAAAGCAGCUGAGUUGAGGGAGAAAUCACUGCAGGAGAGAGGCGAAAAUUUAAGGGUCCUAAGAAAGAAGGUUGAAGAGAUUCAGGCAUGGAAGACAGAGUUGUUGAACCAGGCACGACAGGCUAUGGAGGAUAAGUUGAGGAGAGCUGAAGAGAAGAGGCAGAUAAUGCUGCAAAUAAAAGUGAAGAAGGCCCAUGAAGAAGAUGCUAAGGCUAGUGAAAUAGCAUUCAUAAACACAUUGGAAGCGGAGAAUAAGAAACUGCAGAUAUCAUCAAAGCAUGAGGUGUCCAAGGCUAGACUGCAAGAUAUGCAGGAAGUAAGGCAGAGAAGACACGAGGAGAAAGCAGCUAAAGAGGCGGCUGCAGAGGAGCGCAGACGAGCUCUGGAGAAUGAGAGGAUAACACGUCUGCAGAAGGAGAUGCAGGACAAGCAUCAGCAACACCAACAGAGACAACAGGAAAAGGAAAAGGGGCGACUCGAGGCAGCCAGGUUGAGGGAUAAGGAGAGGGAAGAGAGGCUGGCCAUGCUGAACAAGCAGCAGCAGACGCACAUCGAGGAACUGCAGAAGAAGAUACAACAAAAGCAAGAUGAAACGGAUCGCAGGCACAAAGAAAAGUUGGAGGCCAUACAGGAAAAGGCGUUCAGGAUGAGUUUACAACAUCAUUCUUCCGAUGAAAAUAACGAUGCCCCGCCCAUUCACGUUCCUUAUAAGAAGAAAAAAUUCUGCUCUGUCUGCAAUGUUAUGAUACCAUCCGAGGUUUAUUUGCUGAGCCAUCUUCGCGGUAAGACGCAUCAACAAGCCAUUGCUGACAGCAAUCAAGGCAGCCUACCUUCCCCUCAAGACGUCGAAAAGUUCAACCUCCAGUACAUAAUGGAUGCCCCGAUUGACAAGGAAGAUAGUGAGGUUGCUAGUGAGAGAGAGAGGCAGAAGGUCUUUAAGAAGAAGUGCAAGAAGUUGAGAUUGAGGAUGGUUCAGAGAGGGAAUGAAUACGAAACCUCUCUGGCCAACAGGACUCCAAACCUGACAUCACAGCAUAAGAAUAAAAUCCAGAAACUAAUCAAAGACCUCCAAAAACUAGUAACAUCGUCGUCGUCAUCGAUGACGUCAUCAGCAGGGCAGUGGCCCCAGAAUAAAGUUUUGACUUUAGAUAGAUAUUUAGGAGAGCUUUCUAGAAUGUUUGGGAAGGGGAGUGUGCUAGAGAAGCAGGCAUUCAGAUGGCAAGGUGGUUUCGUUGUAUUGCUGCAGUUAUUUAACGCCAUCAUGCAGCCCACAAAUGACCUCAACUCCGUCGUACCUAUUAAAUCCAUAACCUUAUCAUGUUCCUUGUUGAAGUCCAUGUGCUGUGGCAGUGUGGAGAUGUGUGUGCACCUACUCCUGUCAAAUAGGCUCUGCACUCUUGUCGAUCUGGUCUCUAGCCAUCUUAAUCAACGACGUCAACAACAACAUCAUUGUUGGGUGGAGGUGAUGGAAAAAAGGAUGAAGCCAGUGUGGUUGCUUCACAGUUACGUGAUCAGCACUGGCAUACUGGACAAGAUAUCAACAUACUUCAGCAACAUGAGAAGCUCCGUUGACAAUGAGCCCGAGGCCGCCCUCUUCCUCCAACGUUCUUUGCUGCUCGUCAUCUCUCUCAUAGGACUGUCUUCGCCAAAGGAGCCAGCAUUCAUAACUGACCACCACCGCACCAAAGGCCCAACAGCAUCAACAACAACCACAGCGACAUCGGCCGCGACGACGACGACGUCGGUGACCUCUGCAGAUGACCCGACCCAAAUUAUAACAACGUUGAAGGUGACCCACUUGGCAGGCAUUGUAUCUCUCAUGUAUGGUAUGCUACUGCAUGCCGAUGCUCCAGUUAGGGGAUCAACAGCUCCGCCACCCCUCUCGAGGCAUACAACUGACGUGGUGAUGAUGUCAUUUGUCAUGCUCAACAAACUUGCUCUCAUGAAUCUCAACAUGCUUCAGUCCUGUCUAGGAGAGGAAGGCAUAUCUCUUGAGUUUCGCCACAUAGCAAGCUACUUGCUGUGGUACUGCACGCACAGCAAGGAUGAGGCCCUGCUGCAUGAAGUCAUCCUCUGCAUCGGCUAUUUCACUCUCAAUCAUGCUGACAAUCAGUCGAUAAUUCAAAGUGGUCAGCCGCCAACGAUCUUGCAGCAGCUUUGCUUGCUUCCAUUUCAAUACUUCAGUGAUCCACGACUGACUGGCGUCCUCUUUCCAACCCUCAUUUGCUGCUGCUACAACAACCAACGAAAUAAGCAGAUCCUCGAGCAAGAGUUGAGUUGUCUGUUGCUGUCCAACUUCUUAGAGGAACACGAUCUCAGGGACCAGCAGCAGCAGCAGAAGCAAAACACUGCUGCUACUACGAAAGAACAAGUUAUCACAUCGCUGGUAGCUGUUGACAAGUUGAAAAAGAAUUGUGGACUAUCAGUGGACAAGAGAAUGUCCUUGCCCUUCAGGUUUCCUCAGCACAUGUGGUAUGAGGCACAGCUCUAUUUCGCUUCUGUAUGAAUAACUGACCGACUAAUAAUUAUCGUAAUAAUAAUUUAUAGCAUUUUAUCAUUAUUUUUUUAUAGUUAUAAUAAUAAUUAUUAUUAUCAUUAUAGCUAUAGCAUAAUUUUAUUUUUAUUAUGUUUGGAACAGGGCUAAUGAUAAUUUAUAUAAUUUGUCUCGGAAUUGUAACCUGUUGUUAAUGUUAUACAAUUACUUACCUGUAACAUAUGCCUGACAUUGUUAAUAAACAUUAGUUGUAGUAGUACUUAUUAUACAUACAUGCACAUACAAAUACAUACAUACAAUACACAUACAUACGUACAUGCAUAUACACAACAUACAUACAUGCAUGCAUUAGCGGUAGUAAUUAAUUAUAUUUACAGCUAUUAAUUAUUGCCGCUAAAACUGUGAUCGAUGGUAACUUAGCGUUUUGGUAAAUUAAUGAAGAUACGAGUUAACAUUUUAAUUAUUUUUUAGUCGGUUAAAAAUUGAAUCGUGAUGUGAUUUUCAAAUAAACAUAGGCGUAUUAAUCCCGGUUCGAGAUUCGUCAUGUCGGAUCAAUAGUGUAGGGAAUGUUGAAAGCAGCUCUUGUUGUUUCGUCUGCUAUCAAGUUACUCGCCUUUCAUACCUCUGUGUAAUGUAAUAUUAAUGAAUGACCAUUAUUACCAUAAUUAACCAUUCAUGUCGUCGGUUGUGUAUAGUACUAUAUAAUGCUGUCUGAAGCAUUCUUCAUUUGAAAGUUUUUGGAGUUAGCGCAUGUCAAAAUUGUAGACACGGUGAUAUAGACUACUCACAAAGAUAGAUUUCAUUUGAUAAAAGUUUAAAUGAUGCUCCAUAAAAUAAGAUUGCCUAAUUAACUAAUGUAAAUGUUAUGCUGUGUUAACUUUCUUGUUUUUGACAGAUUACAAUCGAAUGGGAUGUGUAUGUAUGCCUUAUAAUCUUAUUCCAUGAAGUUAUACUCGUAUAUAUAUUAUAUACAUAUAUAUAUAAUAGUACUAAAAGUAAUAAUAAGAAUGAUGAUUGUAUUAAGGUAUUUUGUAUGUGUAUGUGCUGUACACAUGUGCGUACGUACAAUCGUACAUACACAGCACAUGCUAAUAGGUAUUUUUUGGCAUUAGUAUUUCCUCAAUCGCUUUAUAGUGAUAAAUAAUUGUUCUAGUUAGUUAUGUGAUGUUAUUUGAUGUGAUCUGAUGUGGUGAUGUUAGCAUGUCGUUAUAGAUAGAUAGGUGGAAGAAAUAAAUGGCAUAUGGAUCUAUUCAUAAUAAUAUUGCCCAUUUGUAGCUUUUGAAUUAACACGAUGACGACAAAA